CUUCGUCCAACUGCUCCCUCCCAAGGAUGCUGCAACUAAAAGCUGUAAUUUUGAAAGAUGCAGGAAUACUUCCGUUUAAAUUUAUCUUCCAGUUGGUCUUCUGUACCAUGUUGCUCUAAAAAUGCACACAGCCUUUCAUCCAGAAGACCAACCAGGUUAAUUAAAUCUUCACUUGCGUAUUUCAAUCGGUUUUUCUCAUCAUGCUCUUUAAACGUCACAAACAGAUGUUUUUCAGUGACAACCAAAGAAAAUAACCUUGCACAGGAUUCACAAUUACUAUCAAUUUUGAGUCUGUCCAAAAUGUACAUAGCCACAUAACC